AUGCUCAAUCUCGAAGAAUUACUAAGAGAAAAAUUAUCCAUUGCUGAUAUUGAUUAUAAGCCUCUUAGUACUUCUGAGCGUCAAAUCCUUAUUCUUUAUGGUAGUCAAACCGGUUGUGCUCAAGAUGUUGCUGAAAGGAUAUCAAGGCAAGCAAAAAGACGCCGUUUCAAAACUAGGAUUUAUUCAAUGGACGCUUAUGAUCGGGAUAAUUUGAUCAACGAAACUUUAGUAAUUUUCGUUUGUUCAACGACUGGACAAGGAGAUGAACCUGAUAAUAUGAAAAAAUUCUGGAAAUAUUUAUUAAGGAAAAACUUGCCGAAAGACAUUUUGAACCAAAUGAAAUUUUCGGUUUUUGGUCUUGGUGAUUCCUCAUAUUUUAAGUACAAUUGGCCCGCCAAAAAGCUUUAUAAACGUCUCUUAACGUUAGGCGCGCAAAGUAUACUGCGACGCGGAAACGGAGAUGAUCAACAUUAUCUUGGUAUCGAUGGGGGACUUGAUCCUUGGUUAGAAGAAUUAUGGAAGGUUUUAAUGCAUAUGUAUCCAUUACCAUCCGCCCCAAGUUUUCGUAUUGAAUUUAUUGAUCGUAAACUUGACCAGUAUGAUGAGAACUUGAAGCGUCAUGAUAUUUACUCAAAUUUAACUAAAAACGAACGUGUUACUUCACAAGACCAUUUCCAAGAUGUCCGUCAUAUGGAAUUUAAUAUCAAUGAUUCCGAUUUUAAAUAUGAGCCCGGUGAUGUUUGCGUUAUUCGCCCAAAAAAUUUGUCUGAGGAAGUGGAUGAAUUUAUUAAAAUGAUGGAUUGGGAAGAAAUUGCAGAUAAUGCGUUUGUUCUUGUUCCUAAUGAUGAUGAAGACCGAAAAGCACCUGCACAUUGGGAUUCAAUACUUACCUUAAGAAAAUUGUUUGAAAAUUAUUUGGAUAUUUUUAGUACACCUCGUCGUUCUUUCUUCGAAUUCUUAUCAUUUUUUACUACCGAUGAGAAUCAAACUGAAAAAUUAAGGGAAUUUUGUUCUGCAGAAGGCCAAGAUGAUUUAUACGCGUAUAAUCAACGCGUUAGACGUACUAUAGUAGAAGUUUUGCAAGAUUUUCCAUCAGCUAAAAUUCAAUUAGAAUAUAUACUUGAUAUGUUUCCCGAAUUACAACCAAGACAAUUCUCAAUAUCAUCAUCUUCAAAAGUUCAUCCAGGUCAAAUCCAUUUAACUGUAGCAAUAGUUCAAUACAAAACUAGAUUACAAAAACCACGUAGAGGUGUAUGUACUAAAUGGAUGUCUCGCUUAAAACCAGGAGAAUGUGAAAUCCCUGUUAUAAUUACAAGAGGAACUAUGCGGCUACCUAGUUCGAUAUCCACUCCCGUUAUUUUUAUUGGACCAGGAACUGGAGUUUCUGUUAUGCGAGCUUUCUUGGAAGAUCGGAUAUAUGAAGGCGCAACGGAAAACUAUUUGUUUUUCGGUUGUAGGAAUCGUGAUAAAGAUUUUUAUUAUAAAGAACAAUGGAACCGUUAUGUAAAUGAAGGAAAGCUAAAAUUAUUUGUAGCCUUUUCUCGAGACCAAGAUAACGUACGGUAUGUUCAACAUGUUUUGAAAGAAAAUGCAAAUUUAGUUUAUGAUAUUCUAUAUAAUCGUGGAGGGAGAUCUGAUAAAAUGCCUGAUGAUGUUAUGGAGGCAUUUAAAUCUAUAUUAAUAUCUGAAGGUGAAAUGACUAAUGAGCAGGCUGAUAGAUAUAUGUUUAUGAUCGAAAGGACUAAAAGAUAUCAACAAGAAGUUUGGUGA